AUGGGUGCUAGAGCAGUAGAGAAUCCUAGAGUGGAUAUUGGUGCUGCAGUGGACCCUAGAGUGGAAGAAAGAGCUGCUCUGAUUGCCCAAGUUGCCGAGGCCGCUAUUGUUGCUAAUAAUGAUGAGCAUCAAGGGCAGGGACAAGUGGUUGCUAAUAGACCUAUGCAUCAGUUGGUAGAACAGUUUAUUAAGCUGAAACCACCCAAGUUUUCAGGGAAAGGUGACCCGGAGGCUGCACCUAGAUGGGUAGAGGAACUGGAGAAGGCUUUUGAGGUGAUGGAGUGUAACGAUCACGAAAGGGUGACUUUGGCAGUGUAUCAGCUACAGGAUAAUGCGAAUGAUUGGUGGAAAGCCACCAAGGAUAGGAUUUUUCCUGAAGGUACUGCCAAAACUUGGGCUGUUUUUACUGAAAAAUUUUAUGAGAAAUAUUUUUCAGCUAGUGCUAGAGAAAGAAAACUCGCGGAUUUUAUGAGACUCCACCAGGGCCAGAUGACGGUAGAUCAGUAUGAGGCGGAAUUCGCGAGAUUAUCUAAGUUCGCGCCGAGAAUGGUGGAACAUCCUGAGGAUAAGGCGCGAAGAUUUCUAGAUGGAUUGAGGGCUGAUAUCCGCAGCCAAUUGUUAUUAGUAAACUUGGGAACGUACGAGCAGAUAUUUGAUAGGGCCCAGAUUCUUGAGUGA